AUGUCGUACUUUGAUCUAAGAUACGCUGCCCUCCCUGUCGUAAACAUAUUGAAAUCAUAUACUGCCAUGACAUGGGAAUGGGAUCCGUUUGGUAUAGUAAUUGGAAACUUUACUUGGAUCAAGUUUUGGCUUCUCACUAGCUUUUUCUUUCUCUUCUCCUUCAUCUCCAUUGAAAUCCCAUUGACACCUCAAGUUGAUAUGGGAUACAUACGCAUUCAACUCAAGAAUUACUCAGUUUCCCUAUUGGUUUGUUUCUUGGCCUCACUAUUCUUCCCACAAGAUAUCUUUUGGUGUAUCUAUCCCACAAUUUUGCUGCUCUCCUUUUGCACUGCACGUAUAUCUAGCAUGUGGAGGAGUUUUAAGCUGAGUGUUCAACUUCUACUGCCAACGAUUCCUGUUCUUAACAUAUCUAUGACUACAACAACAAAUAUUGAUGAGGAACCCGACAUAGAAUUGCUGGAGAUGGAACAAAUUCUGCAAGUUUAG